AUGAUAACGACAACAAAUCUAACGGAAAGUAGAACGCAUACGCAAACAUUUGACGAAUCGCUAUGUUCCUCGGUUUGGAUAGGGGAGUUUAAACAACAGUCCAUAUCAUUCUCAGCAGUCAACAUUCUCCUCUCCAUCACAGCAACUCUUGGGAAUUCUCUUAUCCUUGUUGCCCUUCAUAAGGAAUCUUCCCUCCAUCCGCCAUCCAAACUCUUUUACCGUUGUCUGGCAACCACUGAUCUGUUGGUUGGUCUUGUUACCCAGCCUAUCUAUGUUACCUACUGGAUGUCCGUGGUUCACGAACACUGGGGUCUUUGUCGAUACGCAAGGGACGUAAUCUUCAUACUAAGCUAUGUAUUAUGUGGAGUGUCUUUGUUAACGACGACGGCCAUAAGCGUGGACCGACUUCUGGCCAUGUUGUUAGGACUGAGAUACAAAGAGACUGUAACUUUGAGGCGCACGUAUAUCAUUUUAGCUAUUGUUUGGGUUGCAUGUCUAUUCGCUGGUUUAUUCUCUUAUCUCGAUUACCGUAUUGGCCUUUGGUGCAGCUUAAUAAUUAUACCAUUUUGCCUGAUAAGCUUAAUCGCCUCGUACACAAAGAUUUUCCGCGCUCUAAGAUAUCAUGAGGUUCAAGUACAAGAUCAUGUUCAACAACAUCCAAGCCAAACAACUGCUCUGAACAUGGCGCGAUACAGAAAGGCAGUGUACAAUGCACUGUGGGUGCAGUUAGCUUUAGUUGUCUGUUAUGUUCCACAGUUUACAGGGAGAAUUGUGAUUUUUCUUAGUGCAAAUAGAUUUUCAAAUUUCUACCUUAUCUACGGAAUGGCAAAUGUCUUAGUGUUCUUUAACUCUACUAUAAACCCGUUCCUUUACUGCUGGAAGAUAAGUGAAGUGCGACGAGCAGUAAAGCAGACAAUCAGACAAGCAAUCUGUCAUACAUAGGGGUAGACUUAUUUAAAUAU